UCCGCACUCAGCAUGGACGGCAGACCAACAGAUGGUGUAGGGGUUGUGGAUGUCCCCACCAAAGAGUUUCCGUCCAUCCAAGCUGUUCACAGCCAGGAUGCCAUGGUGGCUGACCUCCUUCAGCAAGCAGCGGAGGCUGGGGGUGUGGUAGAGGGACAAGCUGGAGUCGUUGUGGAACAAGGUCAAGGAAUGGCAGCAGCCGCUCAAUCGCAGCAACAGCUAAUGGAAGCUGGAGUGGGGGUUGGCGUGGAAGGUGGCACGGGGGUUGAAAUGAUGGUUAUGGACUCACUGGAUCCCACACUGCUGCAGAUGAAGACUGAGGUGAUAGAUGCUGCAGUGGGGGGGUCAUCGGCUGCAGUAGGCGUAGUCGGCGGGGUGCCAGGUGGUGCUCACCAAGCUACUGUGACAACUGUGGACCAGACUCAAAUAAUCACCCUACAGGUGGUAAACAUGGAGGAGCAAGCAGCGUUGGGCUUGGGAGAGCUACAGCUGGUCCAGGUGCCUGUUUCAGCCACUACUGUGGAGGCACUUCAGCAGGGCACCUUUGUAGACACUACUGCGAUGCCAAAGGACGGAGACCCAGUCAUCUGUCACACCCUGCCACUGCCUGAGGGCUUUCAGGUAGUUAAGGUUGGUGCUAAUGGUGAGGUGGAGACCGUGGAACAGGAGGAGGAAGGAGCAGAAACUCAACAUGAAGAGGAGGAAGAUGAAGAGGUGGGUAACCAGCUGCUGGAAGAAGGGGAAGAGGAGCCUGUUCAGCCUACAAAUGAUGACCCAAACUGGGCUAAGGACCCAGACUAUCAGCCACCAUCUGGAGUUGUGAAGAAAACCAAAAAGGGUAAGAAGAGUCGUCUGCGUUAUGCUGAAGGAGACAAGGAUAUGGACGUCAGUGUCUAUGACUUUGAAGAAGAACAGCAGGAGGGACUUCUAUCUGAGGUCAAUGCUGAAAAAGUGGUCGGCAACAUGAAACCACCCAAACCUACCAAGAUCAAGAAGAAAGGAGUAAAGAAGACGUUUCAGUGUGAGCUGUGCAGCUACACGUGCCCUCGACGCUCCAACCUGGACAGGCACAUGAAGAGCCACACAGAUGAGAGGCCUCACAAAUGUCAUUUGUGUGGAAGAGCUUUCAGGACAGUUACUCUGCUAAGAAACCACCUCAACACACACACCGGAACUCGUCCACACAAGUGCACAGACUGUGAUAUGGCUUUCGUGACUAGCGGAGAGCUGGUUCGCCAUCGCCGCUACAAACACACACACGAGAAACCCUUCAAAUGCUCCAUGUGUGAUUAUGCCAGUGUGGAGGUGAGCAAAUUAAAGCGUCACAUUCGUUCCCACACCGGCGAGCGUCCAUUCCAGUGCAGUCUUUGCAGUUAUGCUAGCAGGGACACAUACAAACUGAAGAGACACAUGAGGACACACUCAGGUAAAAAACCUUAUGAGUGCUACAUCUGCCAUGCUCGAUUCACCCAGAGUGGAACCAUGAAGAUGCACAUUCUGCAGAAGCACACAGAAAACGUGGCCAAAUUCCACUGUCCACACUGUGACACUGUCAUUGCACGCAAGAGUGACUUGGGCGUCCAUCUUCGUAAGCAGCACUCAUUCAUUGAGACCGGAAAGAAAUGCCGUUACUGUGACGCAGUUUUCCACGAGCGCUACGCUCUGAUCCAGCACCAGAAGUCACAUAAGAAUGAGAAGAGGUUCAAAUGUGACAUGUGUGACUACUGCUGCCGCCAGGAGCGCCACAUGGUCAUGCAUCGCCGCACGCACACCGGAGAGAAACCAUACGCCUGCAGCCAGUGUGAAAAGACCUUCAGGCAGAAGCAGCUCCUGGACAUGCAUUUCAAACGUUAUCAUGAUCCUAACUUUGUCCCUGCCACCUUUGUUUGUCCUAAGUGUAACAAGACCUUCACCCGAAGGAACACCAUGGCUCGCCAUGCUGAGAACUGCAGCGGGGAGGUGGAGGAUGCUGAGAACGGCGCUACGAUCCCAAAGAAAGGAAGGCGAGGAAGAAAGAGGAAGAUGAGGAGCAGAAGGGAUGAUGAUGACAGUGAUGAGGAUCAUGCUGAGCAGGAUGAUGAGGAGGAGGAGGAGGAAGAGGAGGAGGGUGAGGGCGAGGAGGAACAGUCACUACUACAGGAAGAGGAGGAGCCAGAAAGCAUGGAACUGGACCAGGCUCCUGCUGCCAUUCCUGUACCAGCCCCCGACGAGCCACCAGUCAAGCGGAAACGAGGCCGGCCCCCAAAAAAAGUCCCCAAGCCUCCAACGCCGAGCAAGUCUGUUAGAGUUGCUGCCAAAACAACUGCUUCUGCUGCUGCCAUCAUACAGGUGGAGGAUGAGAGCACUGGAGCAGUGGAGAACAUCAUAGUGAAGAAGGAGGAGGGUGAUGCCUCAGCAGCGACUCCUCUGGAGCAGGGGGUGGCCCUGACUGUGGAAGGGGUGGGGCUUGACGAAGGGGUAGAGACUGUUGAGCUGCCUGUGAAUGAAGAAACGGCGGCAGCUGCUGCCAACGGAGAUUUGACACCAGAGAUGAUCCUUAGCAUGAUGGACCGGUGAACACAACACAGCAACGCACAUGUAGCCGGACUACGAUUAAAAUCUGCAUACCCUCAUACUUCCCCAUGGCCUUCAUCUCAUCCUCCAUCCAACAGCAGCCGUUUUGCUAAAAUGGCUUCAGAAAUGGCGACAGCGAGAGCAGCCGUGCACAACGAGUAGAAGCUGCAUGUACAUAUUUAAACACAAUGUCCUCAUAUCCCUGUGUCUCAAACACGCCCGUGUCGUCAUCAUCGUACACCGAUAAUGUCCAAGCUAAGACUGCUCUCUGCUCUUAAAUGCUUUUCUUUCAGUUUGAAUGUCUUCUCAAUGAAUCUGUAUGUAUUUUGCUACUUAUUCCUACCCAAAGCCACAUCCUGUGCCAGUCUCUGCCCUCUCACACCCUGCCCUCUCCAUGUCUUUAAUAUGAAGACAUUAUAUGAUGGAACUUUACAUUUGAUUAUUUUAUUUGUUUGGUUAUUUAGAACUGCCAGAUGUCCUGCUUGCAGUUCUUACUAGUAUGUUGAUUUUGCAAAUUCCAAGCCUUUGUGUGUGUGUGUGUGUGUGUGUGUGUGUGUGUGUGUGUGUGUGUGUGUGUGUGUGUGUGUGUGUGUGUGUGUGUGUAAAUAUGGGUAUAAAUGUAGCUUUUCUUAACAAUGACAUUAAUGGUACUUUAGUUUGCCUCUGAGAUGCCAUUUUUUUGCUCAGUUAUGUGAUCUGUAUUUUUCUUCCCCAAAGUCUAAUUUCCCCCUGUUUCUCGCUUAAAACACAUGUUCACCACAGUGGUGUUAUUAGUCAGCUGUUUGUACACUGAGUCAACAGACUGAGUCCUGAUGUUAAUCGGCACAGGGUGUGUAUUCAGAUCGAUAGAAGUGAUGACAGUUCUUCAGCCUUCUGGCCAAAUCUUCCUCUGAACUGAAUCUAGCCCCAGUCAGUUCAUGUACUCGAAAACGGUGGGCGAUUGCUCAUAAAAUGAGUUUGUCUGCGUUGGCACAGCUGAAGCUUCUACUCUGCCCGUCACACAUGAGAGAGAUUUGUGAGUCACAUGCUGUUGAAUGUACCUGUUGUCCACAUUUGAAGGAAAGCACAGAAACCAUCUCAUAAAUGAAUGAGCCCUGCUGGUUGGAGAAAAUGCCGAUAAUCCCGGUUGUUAACGUGUUGAACCACAGCAGUAACUCUUGAACAUUCCAAGCACUUCAGCUAAUCUGGAAUUAUGACUCUACAUUUCAGUCAUUUUAGUUGUAAAAAAAAAGUUAAAUGUUCGCAGUUCUUAUUGAAUCUAGAACAGUUGUCAAUAAGCAUUUGUAAAUCAGUGUGCCACUCAAACACCCUCUUCACCUACAAUAAUGACACUAACUGUGGCAGGUGGUGUGCAUGUAAAGACACAUUCUAACACCUUUGACCUGUUCUCAUGUUUUAUUAUCUGGACAUGUGUUGGUAAAGAGACCUCAAAGGUGUGCACGUAUUUUCUGAACCUGUUUCUGCCUUCUGUGGUCCUGAGUGUCCCGAGCCUGUAAAGGUGAUUUACCUCCUCACCAUCAUGCUUUCCUUCAACAGAUUAGCCGUGUCUAACCAAACAAGCUCAACUGAACUCAUGCCACCACCUACUGUUUCUUCUUCUGUGGUAGUUUGUAUGUUUUGAUCCACUUCCACAUUUUAAACAGUUGUCACUGUUUUCUCUCUCUUUUUUUUUUUUUUUUUUUUUUUUUUUCCCUCAUUUAAACAGGAGUUUAGAGGACUGUAAGUUGCUAUGCUUGAAGACUGUUUAGAUAUGUAUUUAAAAACAGCACUGUUUGACAUACCAGAGCGUAUCAUUAGGCCAGGUUGGUCCUGGUAGGUUGCGUGGCUGCGCUCUUCCUUCUCCACCCCGUCUGAGGGAAAGCUGCAUUUGAGUCUUGUGCAGUUCUCAGUACAUGUUGGUUUCUCCCUGUUUAUGCACUCACACAUUAGCCUUAUUUUUUGCAGUACAUUGGUGACUUUCAGCGAUAUGAUCACUGUGAAAAGUAACUGCUAAUGUAAACUGAACAUUUUCUGCCAGAAGCAGCUAGGAAAUUGUUUGCUGCAUCCCCAUAAAAGCUUUUCAGUGGCCAGCUGGUGGUGCAGUGUGCAUAUCAUAUUUAGGGUUUCAGCUGAACCGCUUUACCCUUGUGUGCUGUGCACUCCAACUAGCCAACACUAUGCCUGAACCUUCCACUGCAGUGCAGAAGCCCUGCUAAUCAGAUUAUCAAGAGAGCCGCUUCACUAAUUGCUAGUUCCUGCAUUUUCAUGUACUUGCUCUCACUUCUGGUUCAGAUCUCAGCAGAUGUGAUCUGAUUCUUCUGAAGAAGAAAGUUGAAUAAUGAGUUAUUACAGCUGUAAGGUGAUUUGAUCUUUUCUGUAAUAUAAAAUGCCCAGUUAUGUGAAAACUAAUCAGAUUUGUACUGUACAGCUGUGGUCUCCAAUCUCCCUGUGUAACAAGAAAACUGUUAGGUUACCAUCCAUCAUAUUCACGUCCUGGGUGGAAUGAGCUCAGGACGAUUGUAUGACUGUUGUUAUAUCAGUGCCGUUGGUUUUUCUUUUAAAUUGCAUAUUGUUUGCUUAUGCGGAAAAAUUGGGAGAACUGUUAUUAAGAUUAAGUGUCCCCAUUUAAGACCAAGAAAACAGAAGAAACUUUUGUGAUGUCAUUUUUGAAGAUGGAAACAUUGUACAGCUGAUGAAAAUUAAAAUCAUCUUAAUGGGC